AUGUCGCAAAGAAUCGGUAACGCUACUGUCGCUUUAACGCGAGUAUGGCACCAUGUUGAUGUUGCCGCUGAUAACAGAACCUUGGGUCGUUUGGCCGCUAGCAUAGCUCUCACAUUACAAGGAAAACACAAACCAACUUUCUCUCCUAACAGAGAUCAUGGCGAUUAUGUUGUCGUGACCAACUGUGCACAUUUGAAAGUGACUGGUAACAAGAUGCAAGACAAAACAUAUUGGUCUCACACAACCCGACCAGGUUCAUUGAAGUUGAUUCCAAUGGAGAGAAUGAUCGCCAACAAGGGCUACGGAGAGAUUUUGAAAAGAGCAGUCAAGGGAAUGAUCCCAAAAAAUAAACUUAGACUUGCAAGACUUGAUAGGUUGAAAGUAUUUGACGGCGAUGAGCAUCCAUACAAAGAGAACUUGAUUGCCUUUGCGGAUGAAACUAAAGAAAUGAAAGCGAAGAUGGCAGAGUUGGAGAGAAAGGAGGCCCACAUGGCUCAACUCCGUGAGAAGUACUUGCAACAAUAA